GAAAAAGAAAACUGAAUACACAUUUUAUCUCCCCCCACGUUUCUUUUCCUUUUUCAUUAACCUCGUCUUGCUCUCCUCAUCUCCCUCACUCACAAGACAAACCAGCCACCAAAAACCCAACCACAGCAGCCGCCAGAACCGGCAACCAGUCAGUUGCUGGCUGCCGCCAGUAUCCGCAGUCUCUCACGUCAGCAGCCGCACACCGCAGCCACUAGCCGUCGCACGCACAGCCCCUGUCCGCUCGCCUCUACUCCUUUCUCCAUUUUUUGUACUCACAGGAUUUUCUAGUUGAUUGUUGGCUUUCAGAGUGAGUUUGCGCAAUGUCUACAGGACUCGGACUUGAGCCUCUUGUAGAUCAAAUGAUUUCAAUUAUUACCAAUGAUGGGCGCAACAUAGUAGGAAUCCUAAAAGGUUUUGACCAAGCAACUAAUAUAAUUCUUGAUGAAUCACAUGAAAGGGUUUUUUCUACCAAGGAAGGAGUCCAACAAAUUGUCCUUGGUUUGUACAUCAUCAGAGGUGAUAACAUAAGCAUAAUAGGUGAGCUGGAUGAAGACUUGGAUGCUCAUAUUGAGCUAUCGCAGCUGAGGGGCCAUCCUCUGAAGCCUGUUAUUCAUUGAUCAGCACUGUGAUUCUCUCUUGGCUACAUUAUAUGCAAAAUGAAUUAGAUUACAUGAGAGGCUUAAGAUCAUUGUUGUAGUCGUAAUGAAUUGGUCUAGCGUCUAAGCACAGUGCAUAGUGAUGACAUUUUGGUAGAUCGACUUUGAUGUGAAUCAAGGAACUUUUUUCUAUUUUCGUAUAAUCGUACAAGUCAGAAGUGCUCUUAGUAAACGACAUCAGCCAAGUGUAUGUUUUGUGGCUUUAAUUUUAUAGACUUGAUUGAUGAGCCCAGCUGAUGAUCCUGUAAGAGCUUGUUUUCAGUCUAAAUGUGUCCUAAAUCAUUUGAGGUAAUUUUGAAUCAAUCGGUCUGAAUGCGUCCUAAAA